AUGGAAAUAGUGGAUGCUGUCAAUAACGAGAUAGUUAUCGUGAGAAUUGGACCGAAUAUUCGCAGAUAUUCUGAAAUAUUAUAUGACAAAGAUACAAACUUUAACAUAAAUGCUAUUGGGGCGAAUUGUCAGGAAAGGCAUCGAAGAUGGUAG